AUGUUGAGAUACUUGGCUCGCCCUGUUUUGGCCAGACCGGCAUUUACCAGAGGAUUGGCCUCAGAGGCUUCUGAUAUUGUCAGAAUCGACCUUCCAGCUGACUCCUUUGAAGGCUAUGAGCUCGAUUUGCCAGAACUGUCUUUCGAGACCGAGAAGUCCACCUUGCUGCAAAUGUACAAGGACAUGAUUAUCAUCAGACGUAUGGAGAUGGCUGCCGACGCCCUUUACAAGGCCAAGAAGAUCAGAGGUUUCUGUCACUUGUCUGUUGGACAAGAGGCCAUUGCCGUUGGUAUCGAGUAUGCCAUCAACAAGAAGGACUCUGUGAUUACCUCGUACAGAUGUCACGGCUUCACCUACAUGAGAGGCUCUCCCGUCAAGGAGGUUCUCGGUGAGUUGAUGGGCAGAAGAUGUGGUGUCUCUUAUGGUAAGGGUGGUUCCAUGCACAUGUUCACCACCGGAUUCUACGGUGGUAACGGAAUUGUUGGUGCCCAGGUUCCAUUGGGAGCUGGUUUGGCUUUUGCCCACCAGUACAACAAGGAGCCUAACUGUACCUUCGCGUUGUACGGAGACGGAGCCUCUAACCAGGGUCAAGUCUUUGAGGCCUACAACAUGGCCAAGCUCUGGAACUUGCCAUGUAUCUUUGCCUGUGAGAACAACAAGUACGGUAUGGGAACCUCCGCGUCAAGAUCCUCGGCCAUGACCGAGUACUACAAGAGAGGUCAAUAUAUUCCUGGUUUAAAGGUUAACGGUAUGGACAUCCUGGCUUGUUACCAGGCCUCCAAGUUCGCCAAGGACUGGUGUGUCUCCGGUAACGGACCAUUGGUCUUGGAGUACGAGACCUACAGAUACGGUGGUCACUCGAUGUCCGACCCAGGUACCACUUACCGUACCAGAGAGGAAGUUCAAAACAUGAGAUCCAGAAAUGAUCCUAUUGCCGGUCUCAAGUUGCACCUUUUGGAGCUCGGUAUUGCUACCGAGGAAGAGAUCAAGACCUACGACAAGGCUGCCAGAAAGUACGUCGAUGAGCAGGUCAAGGAGGCUGAGAACUCUCCUCCACCAGAGGCCAGAAUGGACAUUCUGUUCGAGGACGUUUACGUUCCUGGUUCCGAGCCAGCAACCUUGAGAGGAAGACUUUCCGAUGACUCCUGGUCUUUUGAGAAGGGUGGAUUUGCCAACCGUUAA